GCUCUAUUCUCAUUUCUCUUGUAACCUCUAAAUGAAAAGUGUUCGACAACGAGAUUUUUUGUUAAAAAAGUAAUUUAACAUACAAAAUGUUUAAAAGAAGUGCUCGUUUGAGGCGAGAAUAUUUAUAUAGAAAGUCAGUGGAAGAAAAACAACGUGCUAUACAAAAGAAAAAAGACCUAGUGAAGAAUAGUAUUGCGAAUAAUUCUACCAUUCAUGGUGACCUGCAAAGUAAGGCAUUGUAUUAUUCAAGAAAAACCGAGUACGAUGAUGCAGGACCUGAAAGACUCUUGCAGAUAGGUGGUGAAAGUGGAGGUGCACUUUCUAAUUCCCAAGAUGAUGAAUAUAGAUAUGCUGGUAUAGAAAACCCUAAAAUAAUGCUCACAACUUCAAGAGAUCCAAGUGCUAAAUUGAAACAGUUCGCAAAAGAACUCAGAUUGAUAUUUCCCAAUACUCAAAGGAUGAAUAGGGGAAACUAUGAAAUGAAACAAUUACUGGAUGCUUGCAGAGCGAAUGAUGUAACUGAUUUUAUUAUUGUACAUGAACAUAGAGGAGUACCAGACACUCUCAUUAUUUGUCAUUUACCUUAUGGACCAACUGCUUACUUCACUCUUUCCGAUGUUGUAAUGAGACAUGAAGUUCCUGAUAUAGGCACCAUGUCUGAACAGUACCCUCAUCUGAUUUUCCACAAUUUCCAAACUGAGCUAGCUCAACGAGUCAAGAAUAUUUUGAAAUAUCUAUUUCCUGUACCGAAGGAAGAUUCUAAAAGAGUGAUAAGUUUUUCAAAUCAUGAUGACUACAUUGUCUUCCGACAUCACACAUACAAAAAAGUGAAAAAAGAGGUUGAUCUCACCGAAGUUGGUCCUAGAUUCCAACUACGCCUCUACGAAAUUAGACGUGGCACUUUGGAUCAAUCAGACGCAGCAGAAGUGGAGUGGGCACUAAGACCUUACAUGAACACCGCCAAUAAAAGGAGAUUUCUCAGUGAAGAAGACGGGUGGAAACAAGAUACAACAUAAUUUAUAUUAAAUUGUUAGAAUUAAUUUAAAACACCUAGUAUCAACCAAUCUUUACAGAUUGGUGAAUACAAUGUGUUUUUCCAAGAUCUCCCAAGAUAGUAUUAAUUAAUCUCUACAGAUUGGUGAAUACAAUGCGUUUCCUGUUAAUAUUUUGUAAAUUAAAUUAUAACAUGUAAAUAAAAUAUAUUUUCAUUCAAAAUAGAUACAAUCAUUGACA